CUAAAGUCCAGCCUUCACCUCGGUCAGCAUUCUAUUUUCAACGCUCCCAGAAAACCCGGACCCGACGGCCCCAGCGAUCGCCAGUGGGCGGUGACAAAGGCCGGAGAUGUGUAUUACCGGGUGGCUUAUUCCUGUGAUGAAGCCAUAACAAUAACAUACCAACAAACAAGGAGAAUUUGCGUAGUAGAGAUCGUAGGCAGUAAGUGGCUAAGGCACUCUCUUUGCCGCCGCCAAGCCAUGCCGUCUCACCCAAAUCGAGUACUACAGAAAACAACAAGCGAUUCUCAGCUCAAUACGGCGAUACCGAUCGUACAGCCGCCAAUAAUAAAACAGAAAUAG